AUAAAAGCUCCACAGAGCCGCCAAGGUGGUUGUUCGCGAUGGAGUUUAAAGAGUUUCUCUCGGACGAGGGGGAGCCGGAGGACCUGGACAGCGUGAAGGCGCUGACCGCCAAGCUGAACCUGGAGACCCGGCGGCCCUCGUAUGUGGAGUGGCGGGAGAGGCUGCGGAGCCGAGCGGAGGGGGGAGGCGGUGUGGAGGCGGCGGACGGAGCCAGCAACGUGUGCGGCUUUGACACCAUAGACGAGGCGCUGGAGUGGCUGAGGAGCGAGCUGAGGGAGAUGCAGUUGCAGGAUAACCGGCUGGCCCGGCAGCUGAUCCGCUUGCGCGGGGAGAUCCACCAGCUGAAGGUAGAGCAGACGUGUCAUCGACACAAAGAGAUGCUGGAUGACGCCACGCUGGAGCUGGAGGAGUGCGGCGAGGAGUCCGAUCUGCUCUGUGACAUCCCGCUGAAGGCCGCCUUCACUCUGUCCACUCCACUCAAACACCUGGGCCUCACCAAGAUGAACCUCAACGCCCGCCGCUUCUCCCUCUGCUAGAAAGGGAGGAAACUGACUUCUCCCCUUCAGCUACAAGCACAAAAAGUCGCCUGUUCUCAAAGAACAAGCCAUGACACUUGUAAAAAAGAUGCCAAGUUUUAGAUCACGGAUAUUCUGUUCAGUCCUUGAAGUUCAAGGAACUGUAACUUCUCUACCUUUCCUUUAACCAAGAAAGGUAACAAUGGCCAAUCAGCUGCAUUAUUAACUAGCAGUGAUUUGCUAUAAACAGGGCCUGAUCUAUAUAAAGGGGCUCCUGAACUUCAUAAUGUGUGGUGUACAAGUUUCUUGACUUUUACCACAUUGCUGAAAGGGGGAAAAGGGCUGAAGCUCAUGCAUAAUCUCUAUUCCUGAUCUAUUUCUUUCUUCUAGGGCAGGAUUGUCAAUGGUAAGGGCUGCUUGUUGGCUUAUUGCCCCAUUGGAUAAAAUCCCAAUUCCAGUGUAGAUUCUGAGAGUCAUAUAGAGUAGUGCCCUCAAAGCCUUGGGCACCCUUAGCUUUUGUAUUUCAACAGCAAUGUGAGCCCUCUCUCUUUCAAAGGAGUUUGAGAUCGUAUCGUCACAUUUUGCAUGCCAUCACCAGAAGGCCUUAUCUGCAGAUCAGCUUUGUGUAUGCAAAACAUUUCAGGAGAUAUAUGUUCUUUAUCCAGCACCAUCUGCCUGAAGCUGGAAUUGAAUACUUGUUUGAUUCAGCUGAAAGGUGAAGAUACAAAAUACACACACCAGCCACUUUAUUAGGUACACCUUGCUAGUAAAAGGUUGGACCCCUUUUGCCUUCAGAACUGCCUUAAUUCUUCAUGACACACUUUCAACAAGGUGUUGGAAACGUUCC